UUUUUGUUGCUGUGUUUUGCUUUGUUUCUUACUGCUUAAAAAUGGCUGUUUUUUCCCCCUUUUUUGUUCUUUGAUUUCUUUUUUCUCGUGUUCUGUAAUGGGGUUCUCUGUUUUUGUGUUUUAUUUAUGUUAAAAUGUUGGUUUGAGCUUGCAGAUGUUUGGAUAUUCAAAUCCUUAAAUGGGUCUUUGAAUUUGGAAGAUUGAAAUGAAAUUGGAGUCUUAGGUUUGAAUUGAUCUGCAAUAAUACUUUUUUAUGGAUUUGAUCUGAUUAUUGAUCUUGUUUUGAGGUUUUGAUUUGAACUUGUUUGUUUGGUAUCUGUUUGAAGCUUGUGUUUGUAGAUAAAGAAAAAGGGUCAGUUUUGAAAGUAGUGAUCUUUUGAUUAUUUUAUUUACUGCCUGUUUUGGGUAUAUAGAGCUUGGAAUGAAUGAUCCAAAUGUUUUAGAUUUAAUCUCAUCACUUUACUGAAUUGGUUGGAAUCAAAGUCUUUGAUUACACUGCUGCUUGCUGCCUGAUGGUGAAAGUUUUUAGUAGUAUCAGUUUCUUGUUUCUCCAAUUAUUUGGUUUUGAUGUGGGCUCUGUGGGCUUGUACUCACUAUGCUGAAUUGAAUUGGAUGGCUUGAAAGUUCGUCUUGCAUAACAGUUUUCAAGACAUUUCAUAUUGAACUGCGAUAAAAUUAUUUGUAAAAGUCAGGACUAUGGUGAACUGGAAAGGGCGUGAUUUUUAAAGGGAUAAACUCUACUGACCAUUUAGAAUGACUUUUUAAGUACUUAAAAAAGUGUUUUUAAGCUUUUUAAAAAAACCAAGUUACGUGUAAGAACAAACUCACUUUUAAGCAGUACCCAAAUAUGUUAUCACUAGUUUUAUUUUUCCUGUCAAGUUAUAUUCAGAGUUCAUUUUCCUCCUGGAAAACCUCUUGAAGGGGAACUUUAUUUCCAAGUUUAUGUGUUAGUCUCUUAUGUGUAUGGAAAUCAUAAUAAUUGAAGGGCAGUGUUUAUCGGCUAUUUAACACAUAAUUCAGAGACAAUCCAUGAAAAAUCUUUAUCUUUUAUUCCACUGACAAGUCUUCCUUCAUUCAGUGGUAAGAAAACUGAGACAGACCAAGACAAAAAAGGAACAUACUCGACCUAUUUCAAGAGAAAGACGGGUUUUCCAGACAGUUGCCAUUUCCACACGAGUUGAACUCUCAAAUGAAUUUCAGAAACUUUGAGGAUAUGCCACCAGGAGAAGGCACUAUGGCUAAGGCACAAGGAAAUUUCACAUUAACCAGACAACCUUCCAUAUACUCUUUAACUUUUGAUGAAUUUCAGAACACUUGGAAUGGACUUGGAAAGGAUGUCGGUUCAAUGAAUAUGGAUGAACUUCUAAAAAACAUAUGGACUGCUGAAGAGUCUCAGGCAGUAACAUCUGCAGGUGCUGCUGCAGGCGGAGCUGGAAUGACCAAUGGUGGGAACUUGCAGAGGCAAAGUUCAUUAACUUUACCCCAGACCAUUAGUCAGAAAACGGUUGAUGAAGUUUGGAAAGACUUAAGUAAAGAGAAUACCAGUGUUAAAGAGGGAAGUGGAAUCGAGGCAAUGCCUCGACGACAACCAACAUUAGGGGAAGUGACUUUGGAGGAAUUUUUAGCUAAAGCGGGAGUGGUAAGAGAAGAACCUCCACAUAUCGAAGAGAGGCCAUUUAACUGUGGAUUUUAUGGUGGAUUAUCAAGAGAAGACCACAAUGCUGGUUUGGCUCUUGGGAUGUUCAUGGGAAAUCAGAUAGCUGAGAACAAAAAUAUGGUUUCUAAUCAGAAUCAAAAUGCAGUGUUUUUAGGGACGGGAGUUGUAAGGUCUUCUCAGCAGCAGCAGCAGCAACAGCAGCCACUUUUUCCCAAACCAGCUAAUGUGACUUUUGCUUCGUCAAUGAAUUUAGUGAACAAUCCCCAGCUUACCAAUGGAUCUGGGACUAAUUUGGUUGUGGCCCCAAAACCUCCUUUACAUGAUGCUUUAAUUCAAGGCAGUGGCAUCGGUGCGAUCGGUUUAGGCACGAGAGGUGUAACCGUUGCUUCAAGAUCUCCUACAAGUACAAUAUCAUCUGAUGCGAUUACAAAAAACAGCAUAGAGACGUCUUCAUUUUCACCCGUUCCAUUUUCAUUUGGCCGGGGAAGGCGAAGCAGUGGAGCUCUAGAGAAAGUGGUUGAGAGGAGGCAGCGAAGAAUGAUAAAGAACAGAGAGUCAGCCGCAAGAUCACGGGCUCGUAAACAGGCUUACACCUUGGAACUUGAAGCAGAAGUUGCAAAACUCAAAGAAAUGAACCAAGAGUUGCAGAAGAAACAGAGAGAGAUAAUGGAAACGCAGAAAAAUCAGGUUUUGGAGAAGAUGAAAUAUCAGUUGGGUGGCAAAAGACUCUGCUUAAGAAGAACACUGACUGGCCCUUGGUAGAGGUACCAUGAUGAGUAGUCAAAUUUAGAUAUAGUUUCUGCAACAUGCACAAAAGCAGUGUGUAAAAGGCUUAGAUUGUGCGUUUCUAAUCUGAUUGCAAGCUUAGAGAUAGGUUGGUUGCUGUAAAUAUUGAAGUUCGAGUACCGGUAUGUAGAUAGCUUACAGAAAGCAGAGUUGAGCUAUAUGCUGUAUAAAUGAUCCUUUUGUAUUCUAAUGGUUGUUUGCUUGGACUUUGAACCUCUUAUCAUAAAGAUGGUUUUUUAUAGUUGGCAUAA